GAGUGAGCGCCCGCGCUGUGCGCGUGAGGGCGGCGGAGCAGACGGACGGGCCGCUGGCGGACGAUCUGGGACCCUACUGGAAGGGCCCGUCGUUCGGGGGAAAUGGAUUCUCUGCCAAGGCUGCCCAGCGUUUGGACUUUGCUGCUCUCCGGCUUCUGGCAUUUCGGAUUAACCGCGACAAACUACAACUGUGAUGAUCCACUGGCAUCACUGCUGUCUCCGAUGGCUUUCUGCAGCUCCUCAGACCUCACUGGUACUCCCAGCCCCGCUCAGCUCCACUGGAGAGUUGGAACCGGUGGUUGGUCCCCAGCAGAUUCCAACACUCAGCAGUGGCUCCAGAUGGACCUGGGGAGCAGAGUCGAGAUUACAGCGGUGGCCACGCAGGGCAGAUACGGAAGCUCUGACUGGGUGACGAGCUACAGCCUGAUGUUCAGUGACACAGGACGCAACUGGAAGCAGUACAAGCAAGAAGACAGCGUCAGGACCUUCUCGGGAAACAUGAACGCUGACAGCGUGGUGCGUCACAAGCUGCUUCACUCAGUGAGGGCCCGCUUUGUUCGCUUCGUGCCCCUGGCGUGGAAUCCGAGUGGCAAGAUCGGCCUGCGGGUGGAGGUGUACGGAUGCUCUUACAAAUCGGACAUUGCCGACUUUGAUGGCCGAAGCUCGCUUCUGUACAGGUUCAAUCAAAAGCUGAUGAGCACUCUCAAAGAUGUGAUUUCCCUGAAGUUCAAGAGCAUGCAAGCAGAUGGCGUUUUGUUCCAUGGAGAAGGUCAACGUGGAGACCACAUCACCUUGGAGCUCCAGAAAGGGAGACUUACCCUGUACCUAAACUUGGAUGACAGCAAAGCAAGACUCAGCAGCAGCCCACCCUCGGCCACCCUGGGAAGCCUCCUGGAUGACCAGCACUGGCACUCGGUGCUCAUCGAACGUGUUGGCAAGCAGGUGAACUUCACCGUGGACAAACACACUCAGCACUUCCGGACCAAGGGUGAGGCAGACGCUCUGGACAUUGAUUAUGAGCUUAGUUUUGGAGGAAUUCCAGUGCCAGGCAAGCCUGGGACCUUUUUAAAGAAAAAUUUCCAUGGAUGUAUGGAAAACCUGUACUACAACGGAGUAAACGUAAUUGACCUGGCUAAAAGACGGAAGCAUCAGAUCUACACCGUGGGCAAUGUCACUUUUUCCUGCUCCGAACCACAAAUUGUUCCCAUCACAUUUGUCAACUCCAGCAGCAGUUAUUUGCUGCUGCCCGGCACCCCCCAAAUUGAUGGGCUCUCAGUGAGCUUCCAGUUUCGAACAUGGAACAAGGAUGGUCUGCUUCUGUCCACAGAGCUGUCUGAAGGCUCGGGGACCCUGCUGCUGAGCCUGGAAGGUGGAAUCCUGAGACUUGUGAUUCAAAAAACAACAGAACGCACAGCUGAAAUCCUCACAGGCAGCAGCUUGGAUGAUGGCCUGUGGCACUCGGUUAGCGUCAAUGCCAGGAGGAGCCGCAUUGCUCUCACGCUGGAUAAUGAUGCGGCAUCCCCAGCUCAGGACCUCACCCGGGUACAGAUUUAUUCCGGAAGUGACUACUACUUUGGAGGGUGCCCCGACAAUCUCACCGAGUCCCAAUGUUUAAAUCCCAUUAAGGCUUUCCAAGGCUGCAUGAGGCUCAUCUUUAUUGAUAACCAGCCCAAGGACCUCAUUUCAGUUCAGCAAGGUUCCCUGGGGAAUUUCAGUGAUUUACACAUUGAUCUGUGUAGCAUCAAAGACAGGUGUUUACCAAACUAUUGUGAACAUGGAGGAAGCUGCUCCCAGUCUUGGAUGACCUUCUACUGCAACUGCAGUGACACAGGUUACACCGGUGCCACCUGCCACAACUCCAUCUACGAGCAAUCCUGUGAGGUCUACAGGCAUCAAGGGAACACGGCUGGCUUCUUCUACGUGGACUCCGAUGGCAGUGGGCCCCUGGGACCUCUGCGAGUGUACUGCAAUAUUACUGAGGACAAGACAUGGAUGUCAGUGGAGCACAACAACACAGGGCUGAUCCGUGUGCAGGGCGCCGACCCCCAGAAACCCUACGGGAUGACCUUGGACUACGGCAGCAGCAUGGAGCAGCUGGAAGCCCUGAUCGACGGCUCGGAGCACUGUGAGCAGGAGGUGGCCUACCACUGCAAGAGAUCGCGCCUGCUCAACACACCAGAUGGAGCCCCAUUUACCUGGUGGAUUGGAAGGUCCAAUGAGAAGCACCUGUACUGGGGAGGCUCUCUUCCUGGGGUCCGGCAGUGUGCAUGUGGCCUCGAGGAGAGCUGUCUGGACAUUCGACACUUCUGCAACUGUGAUGCUGACAAAGACGAAUGGACAAAUGAUACUGGCUUUCUUUCCUUCAAAGACCACUUGCCUGUCACUCAGAUAGUUAUCACCGAUACCAACAGAUCAAACUCAGAAGCUGCUUGGAGAAUUGGUCCCUUGCGUUGCUAUGGUGACCGACACUUCUGGAAUGCUGUCUCAUUUUACACAGAAGUUUCUUAUCUCCACUUUCCUACCUUCCAUGCGGAAUUCAGUGCCGACAUUUCCUUCUUUUUUAAAACCACCGCUUUAUCUGGAGUUUUCCUAGAAAACCUGGGCAUUAAAGACUUCAUCCGACUUGAAAUAAGCUCUCCUUCUGAAGUCAUGUUUGCCAUUGAUGUUGGGAACGGCCCUGCAGAACUGGUGGUCCACUCACCUUCUCCUUUGAAUGAUGACCAGUGGCAUUAUGUCCGGGCUGAGAGGAGCCUCAAAGAGAUCUCCCUCCAGGUGGACGGCCUUCCUCGGAGCACCAAGGGGACCUCAGAAGAAGGCCACUUCCGCCUGCAGCUCAACAGCCAGCUGUUUGUAGGGGGAAUAUCAUCAAGACAGAAAGGCUUCCUUGGAUGCAUCCGCUCCCUACUCUUGAAUGGACAAAAAAUGGACUUGGAGGAGCGAGCUAAAGUCACCUCUGGAGUCAGGCCAGGCUGCCCAGGGCACUGCAGCAGCUAUGGCAGCAACUGCCACAAUGGGGGCAAGUGUGUGGAGAAGCACAGCGGCUAUUCGUGUGACUGCACCCACUCACCGUACGAAGGGCCCUUUUGCCAAAAAGAGGUUUCAGCUGUGUUUGAGGCCGGCACAUCUGUACUGUACACGUUUCAAGAGCCCUACCCAGUGACCAAGAACACGAGCCCCUCAUCGUCAGCUAUUUACACAGAAGCGGCUCCAUCCAAGGACAACAUCGCGCUCAGCUUUGUGACAGCUCAGGCACCCAGUCUCUUGCUCUUCAUCAAUUCUUCUCAGGAUUUCCUGGCCGUCCUGCUCUGCAGGAAUGGAAGUUUACAAGUUCGCUAUCAGUUAAGCAAGGAAGAAACCCAUGUUUUCACCAUUGAUGUAGAGAACUUUGCCAACAGAAAGAUGCACCACUUGCAGAUUAACCGAGAAGGAAGAGAGUUUACCAUUCAGAUGGACCAGCAACUCCGGCUAAGUUAUAACUUCUCACCUGAGGUCGAGUUCAGGACCAUCAGAUCACUCAUCCUGGGCAAAGUCACAGAGGAUAUUGGAUUGGAUUCUGAAAUUGCUAAAGCCAACACCGUGGGCUUUGUGGGAUGUCUAUCUUCAGUCCAGUAUAAUCACAUAGCACCUCUGAAGGCAGCCCUGCGUCAUGCCAACAUUGCCCCCGUGACUGUACAUGGGACCUUGCAAGAAUCCAGCUGUGACGUUGUGGUCGAUUCAGAUGUGGAUGCAGGGACCACUGUGCAUUCGUCCUCAGAUCCCUUUGGGAAGAGAGAUGAACGAGAACCACUCACUAAUGCAGUUCGAAGCGAUUCCGCAGUCAUUGGAGGAGUAAUAGCCGUGGUGAUCUUCAUCACCUUCUGCGUGGUUGGCGUCAUGAUCCGCUUCCUGUACCAGCAUAAGCAGUCCCACCGCACUAACCAGAUGAAGGAGAAGGAGUACCCCGAAAACCUGGGCAGCUCCUUCAGGAACGAUAUUGACUUGCAAAACACAGUGAGCGAGUGCAAAAGAGAAUAUUUCAUCUGAGAAACUUCAGGGCCACCCAAUAAUCAUUUUGUAGUUGUUAACUUUUUCUCCUCCUCUCUCUCCUGUAUUUUAAUUUUUGUUGUUCUCCUCUUUCUCUUACUGGCUUCUCAUUUGUUUUCUGGAACAUAUCUUUAUCUGCCACAGCAUCGAUCCACUUGACCCCGCUCAGGAGACUAAGCAGCUACGGCCACUCCUUCCUCUCUGGCACAGGCACUGAUGUGAAAAUUAACACACAAGGCACAGACUUUACUGUUCUAGACAAGAGAGAGACACGUGUGCACAUGGGCAAAUGUAGCCCUAUGUUCCAGUUUCUCGAAUUCACUCUGUUCUUCAGUCCCUGCCUCAGAGUCUUACUUUGAACUGGAGUUCUGUGAUACAGGCAUUUAACAGUCAUCCUUGAUAUUCCCCCACGCCCCCAGUCCAUUUGUUCCAAGAGACCCAGGGCAGAGAGAUGGCUUCAGUGGCAUUUCAUGAAGCACAAGGCAGGUAUGUUUGUUUUGACUUCAUCUUCCUACCACAAGUGUUCCUGUGCCUGAAUUCAUCACCCUUUUUUUUUAAAACUAUAACUCUUACCGCCUGGAUAUUUUCAGAUAUAGGCUUGCAAAUAGUAGCGACCAGUUACCUUGCGCCUUUCUGUUCUGGGGCUAACACUGUAGACCAGCACAUAGCAGCACCAACAGAGGGGACACACUGAAUCAUAGCUUGACAGUAGGAGGUAAAGAAAGCUGCUAGGAAGUAGAUGUCCUUUAACUUCAAAAUAUGCUUCCUCCAAUUUCCUGGGACAUAUAAGCUAGGUUAUUCUUGGGAUUAUUAAACUGAGUUUUUUGAAAACAAACAAGUAUAGACAUAUAAGUUACUGCAAGAUAAAGAAUUUAAAUAAAAAUCUAAAAUACUAUCUGGUUCUGUGAAAAAGCUUAAAUCCUCUGAAUUCAGCAUUAUAGACACAUAUAUUUCUUGAAAGAAGAGAAAUACCAAACAGAAUUCUUUCCUUCAAGCCGUUCACAAAAGAUAUGAUAAAGUGAGUGCAGAUUUUCAGGAACCAUGAUUUGGAAGAGUUAUGAUAAAUCAACUUCUGACGAUUGAGCUAUUGUCCAGAGUUUUAGGACGCACGGAUGCAUGUGGUCUUGUGGUCACCUCCACCGGAACCACUGCUUGACUUUAAAGUAGCCCUUUGAACCUGGCGCACAUCACAUUUUCAAAUCUGUUAUAUGUAAGUGUGUAAAAGUAGCCCUUUUACGCACCCAUUUUGUUAGACUUACUUUUCCAGAUGAGGUGGUGAUAAAGCUUAGGCUCUUUGUCCUCUUUUAUUACAAAAGUGUGUGAUUUGCUUCUUCUAAAAGGCCUCUCUGCUUAUCUAUGGUUGGCAGGAAGAACUCAGAUGACUGCUAUACAAUAUGCCUAACUUUUGUCCCUUGACACCUUGCAAAAAGAGAAAAGCAAAACCAAACAAAAAAAGAGGCAAGCAAUAUAAAUGUUCUAGGAUGCUAGAACUCCCAACAGAAUGAUCCAUAGGUGUGGAAAGCACUUACUGUUGCUCUUUACAAGGUAGAUUCGAUGUGCAAGACAAUUACCACAUCACCGUUAGCCAGCCUCGACAGCGAACUAGCAACUGCCCACCUCCUUGUCAACGUGUCUCUUGCCUCUGAUGAACGCUCCCCUGGAUGAGGAGGCCCACAGUGAGAAGCUUACUAGCUCCACUCCAUUUCCAGUCCGCAGCUUUUAUGUCACCUUCACAGUUUGUGACAUGAGGAUUGAGUUGGUUAUGGAUUUUUGAACUCUGAAAUUUCUAAAUGCACAUGCUUUCCUUAAAAUUUGCUGGGGGUUCUUAAUUACUCCAUCCUUGAGGAUAUGAUUAUGCUUUUAUAGUAAAUUUAUUUUCAAUUGAUUCUAACAAGAAUCCAUUUUUAAAAAUUUUUCUAGCUUUACUAAGACAAAUGAUUGCAUAACAGGAAAACUCUUUAUAUACUGCGUCCCCUGCCCUUCCUUGCCCUUCCCCAGUUUUCACUUUUGACUUUUCUAUUUCCAUAAAAAGGCUGCUCUAAGUCAGCCUUUUGCUUGGCUACGUAUUCCUUUGUCCUAUGAAAUAAAAGUCACCGUGGAAUGUAGCGUUUUUAGCCUGAAGCAUCUCCAUUAAUGAAAUGGAAAGAAAGCGUGAGGAAUGAAACCGGAACACUUCCUUCCUCUAGUCUCCCAGAAGUCACGGCCGUACUGCGCUGACGUGGUGCUGGUAGCGGGACCUGGAGGACUAGGAAGGCCCGGGAGGAGAAUUUGCUGUCUCAUCUACUUCUGCACUCUUGGAGACAGUCGUGUAGGGAGGAGAAUUUAGCGAAGCUGCACUUUUCCCAGAUCCGCACCACACACUGCACUGGCACCUUUUCAACAUCCACAGACUACGAGCACUCACUAACUAUGCCUGACCCGGAAAGAGGACGGCUGUCAGGGUAGUGCACUCUGCACAUCCCUGUUAUAACUUGUCUCAGGGCUAAAUCUGAAUUAUUUUAUACAGGGCUGGAUUACCCCAUAACCCCAGAAAACACUAGGACUUUUCUCAGAUGUAGCCGAAAGCACCCUCUGAACAAAACACACUCUGUAAUGGGACAUCAGUGAUAACUCGGCCUGUAGUUCCUCCGUGGUACCAAGAUCUCUUUGUUUUUAUGUAAUUAUUCAAUGCUCUGUUUCCACAUCCAACAAUCUGUAAUCUAAAACUGCACUCUGAGAGCAUUUGAAUCCUUUAGUAACUUUUUCUCACUACCGUAUUCGAGUUUCCUGACUUCAUGUCCCUGGCCGUCUACACCUCCAUAGUCCCCUCUUCUUGAACAUGCAGGCUCUGGUAACUGCUAUUUACAAAAAAAAAAAAAAGAAAAAGAAAAAGAAAUAGGGAAUAUGAUCACCUUACAUUAAAACCAAAAAUACCCGUGCAAUUUCACCUUCUAAAGGAGCUUUCACUGAUAUUAUUUCUGUCAAAUAAAUCAGUUUAUACUAGUGACAGUGUAUUUGUUUUCCCUAAAAUAUAUUAAUACCGACUAUGUCAUUCAUUGUGUCUAUAGGCUAGCUUGCUGUGAUUUCUAUAAGAAUUCACCUGGAGACAUAGACAUUUGUGAUCUUUCCAGGUCUAGGUAUAUUUUUAUGAAUAGUUUAGCCUCUUCUGUUCACACUCAACUAUACAUUGGAGAUUUAUUUUAAGGAUCCUGGGGAUAAUAUUUUAACUUUUUUUUCUCUUUAGUGAUAACAGAGGUGACACUAACUUGCCUUUUGCCUUUUGUCACAGUCCUGCCCACCACAAUCAUCAAAAUGAAUAGAUGAAUAGACUCUUCAUUUCCUUCUGUGCCCCUUCACCAAUUAGACUGAAUGCCCACCACUCCAAGAGUUGUGCUAGGCAUUGGAUAUAAAUUCAGAAACUACACCCUGCUCUUGCCCCUGAGAAUUCAAAGUCUAGCAAGGGAAGCUCAUUAUAUUGCUGUAACAGUGUACAUAAAAUGCUAUAGAACACAGAGGCAAGGUCCUCUGCAGAUAUUUUGUACACUGUUUGCUGGAGACUUCAAGCAACCUAUAUAUUCUGGACAAAACAUCUAAUUUGUAUUGAAUUUAUUGCUUCCACCUGCAAUAAACUGCUUUGUUUCUUCUCUUCAAAGCACACCUCUUUCUAUGAAGAUAAGAUUUCUAUAGAAGGAAGUGAAGCGUUUGUCGGGGCAGCAAGAAUAAAUAGUCUUUCCCUUGAACGCACUUUGAAGGAAGCUGAAUUCUGUAACCUUCUGUUUGAGUUGAGCUGAGUUCAGCUGGGGAGUUUUAGAAGUUUUCCUUCACCUGUGUCUGAUUUAAGUGAAGACUUGGAAACCUAGUCGAGGUGUGAAAUAUCAGACUGUACUUCCACCUCCCUUUGCCUCUUUCCUCAGUUCUCACGUCAUCGCUUGCACAGAUGCUCCUGAAAGGGGCCUGUUUUAGUCCAGCCCUUCCCACGACCCUCCUUCAAACUGCUGAGCUGUCUCGGGGAAACCUCUGAGCACUAGAUGAGUUUGUCCUUGAUAAAACAACUGACUAAAAGUUUUGUCCAUCUAAAUGAGGUCUUCUUUCUAUGCCUGCUUUGAACUUCUCCAAUCCUGAAUGUCAUGGGUGCCCUCUUUCUGCCCCACAUUCACUCAGUUACAGCAGUUGCAUUGGGAAGGUACAAAGUAUCUUCUCCAAGUAUCCAGGGAUAUAAAACCCAGGCGUUUUGAAUCUUCCAUUAGGUAAAGCUUUGACAGUGUCUUCACCAUCUUCCCUGGUUUCUUUUGAACUUCCCAAAACUGUAAUCCAUUGAGCAUUUACUGCAGCACUAGCCUCCCAAGGGGCUUUUUAGGUAUCUGUAUGGUUCUGCCACACAGUCUUCCUGAAGCUAAAGGCUUGUGUAUACUUAGUGUUCGAUUGUCCUGCAGGCCAGGUGUAGAUAGAUAAAUAGAUGAGAUUCAUUGAUGCUGCAAAUGGCAAAGGGAGUUAAUAAAAGAUGGUGAAGGAAAUCUCAAAACUUUUGGAAUGCUUAGAGGAUGACUGAGUGCUGCCUCACGUUCAGCAUGCAUUUUGAAAAUGUUUUCUUUAAAAGACAUAUAGUGUAACUGAGAUACCUCCACACAGUUCUUGGAUAUUUUCUUAACCUCUGCUCUCCACUCACCCCCUCUUACAUGUUAAGUGGCCUAGUUUUCAUAUUUUAGUCAUUUCUAGUUCUCAUCUCCAAAGAACUGAACAACCUAGAGUGGAAAACUACACACACACACACACACACACACACACACACACACACACACACACA